CAGGAUAUUUGAUAGAAACCUCAGAAGUCAGAACUAAUAAUCAAAUGGGCUUGGGGUUUGAGUUAUGCAAACAGAGGCUCAGUGAGGGAUUUUGUUGAAUGAUUAAUAGUACAUAUUACUAUUAUCACUAAUAUCGCCUAUUACUAUGAUUGUAUUCAACGUUUGUGUAACACAAUCAGACAUACACACGCAUAUAAAGCACGAGCACACAAGAACUGAAGAACCAUAUCUCAAACAGGGACAUGAAUAUGGAAGACGAGAAAGAGGUGAGGUCGUUUAAGGAGCUUGGAGUAUGUGAGCAAUUGCUUGAGGCUUGCGAUAAUCUUGGUUGGAGAACUCCUUCCAAGAUCCAGGCUUUAGUACUUGCUCAUGCUUUUGAAGGAAAGGACCUGAUUGGGAUUGCCCAAACUGGGUCUGGGAAGACCGGAGCUUUUGCAAUUCCCAUCCUUCAAUCUCUUCUAGAAAAUCCACAAGCCUUCUACGCUUGUGUGCUUUCACCAACCAGGGAACUUGCCAUCCAGAUUGCUGAGCAGUUUCAAGCAUUGGGAUCCGGUAUUGGUGUAAAGUGCACUGUGCUUGUUGGAGGGGUGGAUCAAGUGCAACAGAGCAUUUCCCUUGGAAAGCGACCACACAUUAUUGUUGCAACUCCUGGACGCCUUGUUGAUCACCUGUCCAACACGAAAGGGUUCUCACUUCGUACAGUAAAAUACCUGGUGUUAGACGAGGCAGACAGGUUACUUAACGAGGAUUUUGAAAAAGUGUUAGAUGAUAUUCUGAGUGCUAUACCUCGGGAGCGAAAAACAUACUUGUACUCUGCUACUAUGACAAAUAAAGUUGAGAAGCUCCAAAGGGCCUGUCUAAGAAAUCCAGUGCAGAUUGAAGCUGCAUCCAAGUAUUCCACUGUUGAUACACUGAAGCAGCAGUAUCGGCUUAUUCCUGCCAAGUACAAGGACUGCUAUCUUAUCUACAUUCUGAAUGAAAUGUCUGGGUCCACAUCAAUGGUUUUUACUCGCACAUGCGGAGCAACACGAUUCUUGGCUUUAGUUUCACGGAAUCUCGGUUUUAGAGCAAUUCCAAUUAGUGGGCAAAUGACUCAGGAAAAAAGACUUGGAUCUUUAAACAAGUUCAAGGCUGGGGAGUGUAAUAUUCUCAUCUGCACUGAUGUUGCUAGUAGAGGACUUGAUAUUCCUUCUGUAGAUGUGGUUAUUAAUUAUGAUAUCCCAACAAACUCCGAGGAUUAUAUACAUCGAGUGGUAAGAACUGCUCGUGCUGGACGAUCAGGUGUUGCAAUCUCUUUGGUGAAUCAGUAUGAGUUGGAGUGGUUUAUAAAGAUAGAAGAUCUUAUACGCAAGAAAUUACCUGAAUUUGAAGCUCAGGAGGAAGAAGUCCUUUUACUAUCGGAGCGUGUCUCUGAAGCCAAAAGAAUAUCCAUACAGUUCUAUUUGCAAGAAGAAGAAUAUGCAUUUCUUAUUAAGAGGUCAUCCUGUAAAACUCUUUUCUGGGAUUACCUACAGAAAAUUAAGGAGGAAGGAGGGAACAAAAGAAGACGAGGCGGAGACGACGAUGAGGAGAUUCAAAAAUUUGCAGGUUCGAACAAGAAUGGCAAGCUCUCGAAAAAGACAAAGAGGAAGCAGUGCAAGUUCCAUUUAAACUAGUUUUGUGUAAUCUAGAACUAGAAUUACUGUAGCAUUUACCAUCUUUGGAAAAGAUUAACUAAUGCAAAGCAUGAAAAACCUGCUACUGAGCUUUAUUUCAGACUUUCAAUUGGCAUUC